CGGAUGGACUACUGCUGCUGAAAGACAGCCAACAUUGAUUCCUCUUGUAACCAAGACCAUGGAUAAACUUGGAAAGCCUGGUUCUGGGUUUGCCAGAACUCGAAUUCCCAGACCGCAAAUUGUAUUCCAUUCCAUUCAGCCUCCUUCCCAUUCGCAGGUCUCUGGCAUUUGCAGAAGUUGCCCUUGCAAAAUGAGCCAGUUUCCUCAGAAGAGUUCUAUGGAGCCCCCAUUGUCGGAGUGCAUGAAUUCCAGAGUAGAUUCUUUGGACAGUUUGUCAAUGGACAAUUUUUGGCUGGAGGUGGAGAACAUCAAACAGAGCACUGAAGCUGAGCAAGAGGAGUGCAACCUUGCAGAUGUCAAAACCCCAGAGGAGGGAGAAGCAGAAGCUGAGUGGCUACAGGAUGCAGGCCUCUCUGACCUAAUUGGGGAGGACACCUCAGAAAAUGACAACAUAGUGCUGCUCUCCACCUUGACCAAGACGCAGGCUGCAGCCGUGCAACGAAGGCUGGAUACUUACUCGCGGUCACGGCGGAAGAAGAACAAACCACCCGUGCGUGAUGUCAGAGACAUUUUUGGUGUGGUCGGCUCUGAGAACACCUUGAAUGCUGAGCCAACUUCUGCCCUCCAAUGCAAGUAUGGGUUUUCUGCUGAAGAUUAUGGGAGCCCUGUACAAACAAACAUACUUAGCAUGUCUUACCUUCCUGGUACUUCCACAAAUAUGAGCAAUCACAAUAUCCCUUUGUGGUGGUUGAAUGUUAUUCCCACUUUACAGAUGAGAAAACUGAGGCACACAGAGGAGAAGGUAGUGGAGAUGGAGGAGUCUGACAAGGAUCGGUCUCAGCACAGUGUGGAGACUUCAAACUGCACUCAGAAACCAGAUUCAAGGGGACUCCAGGAUUUUUCUUGCAUGCUCAGAAGCCCUGGAAAAGAGGAGAUAUUCUGUACUGACAUUGCCUACUCGGAGCAAGCAGCCAUUUUGCUCAAGGGAUCAUUUCUACAGGAGCCUAGGAAGAUAAAGGAUGAGAGCGCCCUGACUCAGUUUAAGAUUCCCAAGGGCAGGCUGGGAAUGACCCGGAUAGGAGACUUAUCUUCACAGGACAUGAAGAAGAUCCCCACAUUGGCCCUGAUUGAGCUGACUGCUCUCUGCGACAUCCUGGGCUUGGAGUUAAAGAGGAACAAGGCAGCCAAACAGAAGGCAAAAGAGAAUCGACUCUUUGGAGUUCCACUCAGCACUUUGUUGGAAAAUGACCAAAAACUCAUCCCCAACGCCAAGGUCCCUCUGAUUCUCCAAGCAUUGCUGUCAUGUUUGGAAAAGAAAGGGCUUGACACUGAAGGCAUCCUGAGAGUUUCUGGGUCCCAGACCAGGAUUAAGAGCCUGGAGGAAAAGCUGGAAAGUGACUUCUAUACCGGUCUGUUCCGCUGGGAUGAGGUCCGCCAGAACGACGUGUCUGGCUUACUGAAGAGGUUCAUUCGAGAGCUGCCCACCCCUCUGUUGACAGCCGAGUAUCUGCCGGCUUUCGCUGCUGUGCAAAAUAUCCCAGAUCUGAAGCAGAGAUUGCAAGCUCUCAACCUGCUUAUCCUGAUUCUUCCAGAGCCCAAUAGAAACACCCUAAAGGCUCUGCUGGAAUUUCUCAGUAAAGUGGUUGCUAGGGAGAAAAAGAACAAAAUGAAUCUCUGGAAUGUUUCCACAGUCAUCGCUCCGAAUCUCUUCAUGCAUAAAGGACUGGCGAAUAAGAUCCCAGAAGGGAAGGAGAAGCAGCUGGCAGAGGGGGCAGCCGAUGUUGUGCGGAUGAUGAUCCAUUACCAAGACUUGCUUUGGACUAUUUCCUCUUUCCUGGUAGCUCAAGUGAGAAAACUGAAUGAGAGCAGCAGCCGGAGGUACCAGUUCUAUGACAAACGGAUCAAAAACUUGCUACGGAAGAUUCACACAGACAAGGACAAAGUGGAGAAGAACCAGGCAGAACCUUCCAAGACAGUGAAAGUACAGACGUCUCUGUUACUGAAGGAUUCACUGGAGGUUCAUCUGAACAAUGGAACCAAAGCUGCUGAUGUCCUGAGGCAGUUUCAGAAACACCUCAGUCAGAAUGGCUGGAGUAUUGUCAACAAAGUCAGCCUCAUCAAACGUAAUGGUGCUGUCGAGUCGAUGAACCUGCUCCUCUAUGAAGUAGGCGGCAACAUAAGUGAACAUUGCCUGGAUCCAGAUACAUAUCUCUUAGACUUGUACCACAUCAACCCCCAUGCUGAAUGGAUUAUAAAGCAAAAUCCGUCCUUUCCACGGAUGCUCUAGGGAAAACAUGAGUGAAAAUAGACUUUUGUUUCAAGAUUCUGGGCGGGAGCAGAAAGCUAGAACUUUUCUUAAUGAAUGUGACGUCCCAGAAUGGAGGAAAGUUGUUACUUUGGAGCGAAAUAAGCAGUGUUGGUUUGGAAUGUCUUUUACUGUUUCAGUUACAGCAGGCUGAAAAAAAGAGAGCAUGUGAGAGUUGGUAACCAAUGGAAGUCAACAUUAGGUCACGGAAUCCGGAGGGUGUGAAUACUUUUAGUAAAGCACCUGCAAGCAGAGCUGCAGAGAAAGUGGGGGAGAGACCUGUCCUGGAGCAAGAACCUGGUAGAAUGUCUCUUAAUCCUUUUGGGUUUGCAUUGUUCUUUAUUUUGACCACGUCCUCAUUUUGGAGGAGAGAGAUGGUCAAAUCAACUAGCACUAUCAACAGUCUAGUCUUCUUGUGUUGCAUGUGUUAAGUUUCAUGGACUUUUCACUGAGUGUCACAUGUACAGUGCUGGAAGAACUAGACUCGUUUUCACCCCUACCCCCACUCCUCAAGUCUCAUGGUUUCUCUGAAAAGUGUUAGGAUGCUUUCGGUUUUGUUUGUGGAGGGAUGUAAUGAGUGGCCAGAUAUAAGGAGAGACUUGCAUUCUUCAUGUAACAUCUACAGUUAAAGCUGCACGCAAGAAAAAGUAAUUGUUUCUGGAAAGACAUGGACUUGGUAUCAGCUCUUCUCAGAGGGACCAGCUGAUAGAAGAGACAUGCCAAGGAGGAGCUGCUUGCCUGUCCCUGCACAUGUACUGUUGGUAAUGCACAGUGGAAAUCAUAAUAGAUACACCCAAGAUGUGAAGUGCUCCAGUACUGAAAGGAAGACCAGCAUCUAGUUUUGCUGCUUAAUCAUCUUUGUGAAACCUCCAGGGUAAAAGGUGGCAGAGGAGAAAUUCUGGAACAGUAUUUGAGGAAUUUUUAUGAUUGUAUUUCAAAGAACUUCUGUCUUGAUAUAGGGGCCAAACUGGGCUUGGUUUGGGUGAGGUAGAUCGUAUGUUAAAGCCUGCAAAAUCAAUAUUAAUGUGAGGCUUAGUCUGACCUGGCCACAGUUCCACACAGCUUCUUAUAGUCCUUGCCAGGGUAAAGGUAAUCUAAGUGAUGGGUGGAGAUCAUCUUUGACUACAAACUCCCUCAGGCUACUGUGAGCACCAAAUUGGGCUCUUUUACACUGGCUGCAACCUUCCAUGACUCUGGAGUGUGCGUGCUGUGGGUUUGGGGAGAACACAGAAUAGUUAUGGCCUGUCUGGUAGCAUAAACAUCUGUGUACUGGCUUCCUUAAGAUCGGAACUGGAAUGCAGCUCUGGAAGAAUACCUCAGAAGUGUCACUGUCCUUACAGUGGUGCUGAAAUCCCUAAAGAAUGAGGGAGCCCACUAUACACACUGGUAGAAUGUGGAAUGUGCAGCAAAUCUGUCCGUCUAACUGUACCCCCAGCAGGCAAUAUAAUGUAUUUUAAACAUUCAUGUGGCACAGACAGGGCUGUCCUUCAAGUAUACUUCAGAAAGUCGUCUUCUGCCUAUCCUUGUCCACCUUGGAGACGAUCUCAGUAUUAUUUAUUUCACUAAUUGAGUUGUUUCCAUUGCCAUCUGAAUUGAUCCUCUUUCCUGUUUUCUCAGGCUGAUAUUUAGCUGUUACUCUUCCCUGUCUUGGAAUCAUAACAUUUCUUAUAAGAGCACUUCAAGUAUAGAUUUCUUUUCCUUUUUCCAUCCCAGUUAAAUUCUUUUGAGAGGAUUAAGAUGCUUGAGAAACAGCUGAGCCAUAUUCUGUUUAAUUCUUCUUAGUCCUGAUGUCAUUCCUGUAUUUACGCUGCUGACUUUUUAAAAUGUUGUCUAUAUGAGAAUGUCUGUUGUUGUUUUUUGAUUGUUUUUUAGAUUAAAGCUAUGAUGUGCAGAUGCACGGAUUUGA